CGGGCGGUAGUGCACGUACAGCUGAUUUGCAACCCGCCGAAGCUACAGCGGAGAAGGAGGAAAAAUGUCGCUGAUGUCGAUACGGACCGUUCUAGGAUCAGUGGCCUUUUAGGAAAACUCUGACGGCAGUUUGAAUGAAUCCUCUGCUGUGAUGUUUCCAUGCUGAUACUGCACAGAAAGUGGAACGCUCUAACAGUUUCAAAGUGGGAGGUUUAUCUGGACUGUAGGGAGAGUCAGUUUACGUUUCCUUGUCUAGUCAGCUUCAGCCAUAACAAUUUAAGAACAGAGGAGGAUACUGUAACACUACAUGGGCCUCUAAGGUGAUCUGAUCAUUAAAGCCUCUGGAGCCUCCUCCCUCAGCUAGAAAGGUCACAUUGCAGCAAAGACAUGGACCCAAAUACUCGGGUGGUGGGCCUGGACGCCCAGGGGAACAUGGUUUUCACCGUGGUCAAACCCGUAAUGGGCAUCUUCCAGGUGGCUUCAGAACAAACUGGCAAUGUGGCACAUGGCAGCAUGGGGCUCCAGGGUUUAUCUGAAAGCACAUUAAUUCUCCCUCAAAUACAAGGCCAGCUUGACCAGAACCAGAUGGAAAUGCACCAUUUACAGUCUCAUAUUCAGAUGCCCCAGAUGCAGGUUUCUGCCCCCGAGCAGACAGAGGUUGUGCCCCAGAAUCAGGACCCGCCUCCAAACUCAAGCACAAAUCCAGAAUCUGCAACCCACAUGCCUUUUGCUGAGGUGUCGUCACUUCUGGAUCCCAACAUGAAAGGAUCUAAGGCUCGGAAAUAUCUAAUCUCGUAUGAUGAAAUCAAGCGACGCCUGCAGGCCCCGGAGAAGAUGUCGCUGCGCUCCCUGGCAGCGUACACUCGGGUCAGCAGAGGCCCGGCCAGCAAGAAAACUCUGCUGGAGUCACUGAAUGUUCUCGGCCUCACACCAAGCACAACUACCUCUGUUUCUUCCUCUUUCUCCAAACUCACUGAAGGCGACACCCGAGCACUGUGUGACGAUAUGAAGGACUUUGCCCAUGACUACAUCGACUACAGCAACAUGGCUAAACAACUCAUCCCUGAGACCAACACAGUUCAACACUGGUCCAAAAUAAUUGAAACUAAGAACCACCUGGUGGACAUGAGGAAGUGCUUCAUGGACCCGGUGAACAGCGGUGCGUUUGAUAACGUCACUCACGGCCUGGGUCUCGGUAUGUUGGACGCAGCCCUGGACAUGGUCAUUAUGGUUAUCGAGCAGCAGAUCCGGAUCCUGUCCGGCGCAGCGGCAUCAGACCCGGCUGACUCCGCUCCGCCAAUGCGCCGUAUCCGCAGGCGCCAUCGAAAAUCCCGCCCGAAUGACAUUGAGUCCCCUCACAAGGCGUCUGCUGGGGUCAACGAGAAAGGGAAGGUCAUUUCGAAGGGCAAGGCUCGAGGCAAAGCCAGGAAGAAGAUCAGUCAGGAGAGUGCAGCGGCUGUUCUGAUGGAAACCCAAGCAGAGCAGUGCCAGCCGGAUGAUGCGCAGGGUAAUGUCCUCACUCUGGUGUCUGUUGGAUAUGAGACUGUCUCCAGUGGGCUCAAUACAACAGGGAUAGUUGGACACAAUGUCACAUGACCAGUCCAAAGAACCAAUUAUAGUCCCAUUCAAAGGGAUGAAACACAGGCUCUGCACACUCUGUGAAAAGAGAUCACAGCUAUGGCGGGCUCAGCAUCAACGUAUUAUGUUACAUCUUGAAAAAAGACUUGGAAAUGCUCUAGCUUUCCUGCAGAGCGUUAGAUAAGAAGAUGUAUUCCACUUUGUUGUCAGUCCGUAUUCUAAAUAUGUAGCUGGGAACAGCAUGUGGUUCGCUUUCCUUAAAGGCUGGAAACAGGUCAAAACAGUUAGUGUCUGACCAAAAAUCACAAAGUCCACCUGCCAGCAACUGAAAGCCCACCCAAUUAACACCUGACAUCUACUUUGUUAGAACCACACACUAAAUUCUGAAGUGUAAGUAGUGGUUUUACGGUUUGGUAUUGUGUUUUCUACACUUUUUUUUGUACAGAAUAAGUCAUGUUCAGUGAGCCUUAGCAGUUCAGAUUGAAUUGAAUUUGGACAAAGCUAGGCUAUCUGUUUCCACUCUUAGCUGCUACUACAUAUUUCAUGUACAUAAAUGAAUGUGGUUUCGAUCUUCUGGUCUAACUCUUGGUCAGGGCCAGACUGGGAUAAUAAGUCAAGCAAGGAAUCUUACACCAACCCGGGCGAAUCCUCACAUUUUUACUUGAAAUGUAUUUUUCUGGGUAAUGUUUAUGCCAGUGAAAUAUUUUUUUGUUUUUAAUAUGCUACUAAAGAAAAAUCUGCCAAAAAAAAACACAACAAGAAUAAAAAACAUCUUCAGUUUAAAAUAUUCAACUGCACUUCAAUAAUCAAUGCAUCAGGAAUCAUGAGUUGAUUUUUGAGCAUUCUUGGAGUGUGUAUUUGACACCAGGCAUUUCCCUAGAGCUCUGAUUGGACCGUCGUUGACGUCAUGAAACUGGUAGAUCUGUGUUAACGGAGACAUAGCAUUGAUGUGUGGAAGCCAUGUAUGAAUUAAAACAGAAAACGGAGUCAACUAGGGAGAGGAGUUAGGAUACUAUAGUGUGCUAUACCAUCCCUGGUGUUUUUUAAUACUCUUACUAUUACAUUGAACACUAAUCCUGUCCCUUGCUUGUGAGCAAUUGCGCAGUAUUAACCUGUAUGUCUCUUUUAAUAUUUUAUUUUCAUUUAGAAAUGCAAAAUGAAAUGGGUAAAUCAAUAACACUUUUCCCUAAAUGCCGAACCAUCCCUUUAAGUGAAUCCUCUGUUUCUUUAGUAGCAGGUUUCAUAUGUGUCGUCGAACUGAAUGCAGUUAAUUUUUUUAAACUAUGUUUUCAGUGAGAAAAAAUACAGAUGUUUGUAGACAUGUUGAACACUGAGGACCCUGCCUGUGCUCAGGUGUGCCGCUCAUGACUUAGAACAGAUAGUAUCAGAGGUCUGGAUUAUAUUUUCUGAUGGUGGUACAAUGUCUCCCGUGUCCCUGUUGUAUUUAUUGGUUACAUUUCCAAUUGAAAAUAUUUUUGUUCUGUACUAGAUUGUUGAUAAAAACCUUUGUUUUGACUGGAAUCUCAGGAUUUGAGUAAAAUAUAAAGAUUGGAUUUUUA